CUUUGGGUUGGUUUGUUGGUGGUCUGUUCCUUUCUUCGGGUUGGUUUGUUGGCCGGCAGGCCUGGUCGCCGGUUCUAUGUUUCUAGCCCACCUUUUUUUUUGUCUGUUUUUCUCGUUGGCGCAUUCCGCAAGGAAUGAGGGGAUCACCCCAAACCAUCCAACUGGUGGUUUCCUCGGCGGAUUUUCCGAGCCAUGCUCCGGCUACGGGCAGCGCAGCGUGAAGGAUUGCGCGAUGGUCUCCUGUACCAGCAGCUCUUGCGUCAGCUGCUCGAGGGCGAAGGAGAGCAUCAAUGGCAGGCACAGCUUCAGCUGAAGCGGGAUGUCUUAGAGGACGAGCUGCUGCAAGUCUUUCCACCACUACCCAGCGCCCGAAGAUGUUUGGCCAGAGCCGUGGUGCAAGAGCUGGAGACCCUGGAAGAGGUGGAAGACGACCUUUUCAAGCUCUGCACUGAGGAGGCCUCGAAAUCCACGGGCCUUGGACUGCAGGGCCACAAGAUCUUCGAGAUCGGGCAGGGCUUGGUGGUUCUGCGUGUGGCGGAGCAAAUCGGCGGCGGCCUAGAGACUGGCUGCGUGAUUUGGACCGGCGGGUGCAUGCUGCUGGGCCUAUGCCUCUCUGGCGCCAUGGACCAUCUGCUCACUGGGCAUAUUCUGGAGCUAGGCGCGGGCUGUGGUCUGCUGGGCCUGUCGCUGGCGCUGCAGGGCUCACAGGUCACCUUGAGCGAUGCCCAGCCGCAGGUCUUGGACAACUUGAUGUACAAUGUGGAAGCGACCAAGCGUUGCAAAGGCCAAGACUUGCGGGUGGAAGUGGCUCACCUGGACUGGUGCGAGCCAAAGGAUCUCCAAGUGGACGUGCUCAUCGGCAGCGACUUGGCCUACGACGCCGAGGCGUUGCCGGCCUUGGCGGCACUGCUGAGCCGCCUGCUGCGGCCACGAGGCACCGCCUGGCAUGCCAUUCUGGCUUCCAUGCAGCGGCAGGAAAGCACCAUGGAGGUCCUCAAGACACAGCUGACUCUGCAUGGCUUGCGCUGGCACACGCCCUCGCUGGCGGAUGACGCCUGGCGCCUCGCGGAGCGUUGGGCGAGGCACGGCUGCGACGCGGAGGCCGGAGCGAGCUUCGUGCUGAUGGUGGUGGAGGCAUGAGAAAGCACGAGAAGGACACCUCCGCACAUCGAGCGGGUCCAAGCUUGCACUUCGACAUCAAGAGCCGGCGGUCGGCACGCCUCGGCUGCUUCCGGAUUUCAGCUCCAAGCUGGUCCCGCGUGUGAAGAGCAAGAAGACAACGGUCCAGCGCCUGAAGA